AUGUCAUCACCCGAAGAGCCCAUCGACCGACCCCCCGCCAUCAACUACGUCCUGAGCUUCAUCCUCGUCGGCCUCGCCUGGGGCCUCACCACGCCCUUCAUCCGCCGCGCCGCCCGCACCCACAAGCCCGCGCCUCACCCGCUGCUCGACUCCCCCGCCAUCAAGCAGAGCUGGCUCCGCUCCAGGCUCUACGCCGCCUUCUUCUCGGUUCUCGAUCUGCUGCGCAACCCGCGCUAUGCCGUCCCGCUUGUUCUUAACCUCACCGGCAGCGUCUGGUUCUUUCUCCUCAUUGGCAAGGCUGAGCUGAGCCUUACCGUCCCGAUUGUGAAUGCCAUGGCCUUCCUCUUUACUGUUGUGGGCGAGUGGUUGGUCGAGGGUAAGGUAAUUAGUAGAGAAACCGGCAUUGGCAUGACACUAUCCUUGGUGGGAAUCGGAUUGUGUGUUCAGAGCAAGACCUAA